AUGGCCACGGCUCAGACAGCAACCACUCAAUACGUGAAGGCCGCGAAUGGCGUCCGCUUCGCCUACCGCCGCAUCGGCUGGUCGAUCGGUACCCCACUGGUAAUGCAUAUCCACUACCGAGCCAACAUGGACCUCUGGGACCCAUUGUUCGUCAACGCCCUCGCCAAGUCUCGCGAAGUCAUCCUCUUCGACAACGCCGGCGUGGGCCGCAGCACCGGCGACGUCCCCGAGACCUUCCAAGGCUGGGCCGACCAGGCGAUCGCGUUCAUGGAGGCCCUCGGUCUCAAACAAGUCGAUUUCAUGGGCUUCUCGAUGGGCGGCUAUGCCGCGCAGUACGUCGCGCUAACAGCACCGCACCUCGUCCGCAGAUUGAUCCUCAGCGGAACAAGCGCCUCGACUCCCUCUGCAGAACACAUCGCCGGAGUCGUCUGGCCUCGCGAGAAUGCUGCACCCGAACCGGUAAAGGCACUGUCCGAAGCCGUCACCACGGAAGAAGGGCGCAAGGCUUUGGCAUUUUCGUUCUUUUACGACGACGACCAGGGCCGUGCGGCAUUCGACAAGUACUGGGCCCGAGUCCAGGAACGCACGGCUGAAGCCCUUGUUCUGGACCUUCUAGAACGCGAUGGAGGGGCGAAGAGGCAGAUGGCCGCCGCUAUAGAGUCUUUCAGGGCGACGCCCAGUGGGUCAUUCGACAGGCUCAAAGAGCUCAAGAUGCCGGUCCUCGUGGCUAAUGGUGACAACGACACGCUGAUCCCAUCGAGCCGCAGCUGGGAGUUGAUGACACAGAUUGCUCAUGCGCAGUUGGUCAUAUACCCUCGUGCUGGACAUGGAUUUUUGUGGCAGUACCCGGAGCUGUAUGCGGCACACGUCAAUAUGUUCCUCGAUGGGACGGAAUACGACCACCUGGUGCCGAAAUUGUAG